AUGUGUGCGAACAGGAAGUGCUUGGCCGCCGUGUACCUGUGCGACGGAGACGAUGACUGCGGAGAUGGCAGCGAUGAGCUCAAAUGCACCUCUCCCAAAACCUGCGGCCCCAACCAGCUGAGGUGCAACAGCUCCGAGUGCGUCCCCCUGAUGUGGAGCUGUGACGGAGACCCCGACUGUGCCGACAGUUCCGACGAGGGGCCAGAGAGGUGCGGUGGGGACGGGGUCCACUACCUCAACAAUCGAAGAACCAACUGCACCGAGGGCGAGUUCCGAUGCGCCAACGGAGAGUGUGUGCGGCUGAACUGGAAAUGUGACGGAGACCCGGACUGCAAGGACAAGUCCGACGAAACAGACUGUCCGUUAUUAACCUGUCGUCCCGAUGAGUUCCAGUGCGGAGACGGCUCCUGUAUCCACGGCACAAAACAGUGCAACAAGGUCCACGACUGUUUGGACCACAGCGAUGAGUCCGGCUGUGUCAACGCUACAAAAUGUGAAGGGCCCUUGAAGUUUCUUUGUAAGAAUGGAGAGUGUAUAGAAAGUUCCAAGGUGUGCGACUCGCAUAAGGACUGCAAAGACCGAUCGGACGAGCCCAAGAAAGAAUGUGGGUUAAAUGAGUGCAUGAUCAACAAUGGUGGCUGCUCUCACGUGUGCAUGGAUCGACCAAUCGGCUACGAGUGUCAGUGUCCUGCAGGUUAUCAGUUGCUGGACAAGAAAACCUGUGGAGACAUUGACGAGUGUGAGAACCCAAAUGCCUGCAGCCAGAUCUGCAUUAACUACAAGGGAGAUUUCAAGUGUGAAUGCUACGAAGGUUACGAGAUGGAUCCUGUCACUAAGACGUGUAAAGCUGAGGGUAAAAGCCCGUAUCUGCUGUUCACCAAUCGCCAUGAGAUCAGGCGGAUUGACCUGGGCAAGAGGGAGUACAGCCAAGUGGCGUCGACGCAGAAGAAUGUGGUGGCUCUGGACCUGGAUGUGGCCAAUAACAGGGUGUUCUGGUGCGACCGCUUUCACAGGAAGAUCUACAGCGCCUUCAUCCAUGAGGCCAGCGACCCAUCCCAGCAGGUGCCUCUGGUGGACUCUCUGCUGCAGACCCCCGUGGGCCUGGCGCUGGACUGGCUCCAACACAAUCUGUACUGGACGGAUUCCGGGGACAAGUCCAUCUCUGUGGCCUCAGUGGACGGAACCAAGAGACGAGUCCUGAUCAACAGUGACCUGAGCGAGCCGCGUGCGAUCGCCCUGGACCCUCACCACGGCUUCAUGUACUGGUCUGUCUGGGGGACGCAAGCCAAGAUUGAGAAAGCUGGGAUGAACGGUGUGGACCGACAGGUGCUGGUGGCGGAUAACAUCGAAUGGCCCAAUGGAAUCACAUUAGACGUGGCCAACAGCCGCUUGUACUGGGUGGACUCCAAACUCCACCACGUCUCCAGUGUGGAUCUGAACGGAGCGCACCGAAGGACGCACCUGUCAUCAGCAGAAAGACUGGGACACCCCUACGCCCUGGCAGUGUUUGAGGAUCGAGUAUACUGGACUGACCGGGACAGAGCUGCAGUCUUCAUGGCCAACAGGCUCACAGGGCAGGACAUCCACACGCUGGCAGAAAACCUCAAUGACCCUCACGACAUCGUGGUCUUCCACCAGCUCCGCCAGCCGCCAGGUCCAGACAGCUGUAAUCUCGGCAGUGUGGCGAAUGGAGGCUGUGAAUACCUGUGUUUAAAGGCUCCACAGAUUACAGAGCACUCGCCUAAGUACACCUGCGCCUGCCCUGACGGACAGGACCUGGGCCCGGACAUGAGGGGCUGUGUGCCUGGAGCACCAAGAAGAGUAACUCCAACAUUGUCCGUUGAACCAUUGUCUGGCACAGCCACAGCUGCAGGAGCAGAUGUGCCCUCUCCGUCUGGUGGAUUCUCACAGGCUGACACUGCCUCCCACCUCACCACAGCGCCCCCUGCGUCUCUGGAGCCCCUCAGCCCUUUCCCGUCCCUGAAGCCCGUCCCCUCAGAAGAGUCAAAGGCCCUGGGCUCACACUCCACGGCCACCGCCAUGGUCAUGCCCACCACCACCGCAGGAGACAGCAGUGUAUCUCAGCACUCUGGAAGUGAGCAUUUCCUCCUGGGCGAAAACCUGACAGUUGCAGUUCUAGGAGUGGUCAUCCCCAUUGUUCCUAUCGUGGCCACUGUGGUGUUUGGGCUGGUCUGCGCUGGCAUCUACAUGGUCUGGAGAAACUAUCGCCGCAACUCCACCAAGAGUAUGAACUUUGAUAACCCUGUGUAUCGUAAGACGACCGGUGAAGGAGAAGAGGAUGAGAUCCACAUCGGUCGGACUGACGCCAUGGCGCAUCACGCACACCAUCAUCCUUACCCCCAGGGCGUCAGCAUGGGAGUGGUGGGAGCAGGCGGAGGAACAUGCCCACAGUUCAUAGCGCUGCCUCUGGGGGGCAGUAUGCCUGACCCAGGAACUCACUGGUACACAGAGCAGCCCAUGUUAACCACCGCUAAGUGA